AUUUCGAUAAAUAAGCACGUGCCAUAAACGUAAAUAGAAGUUUAGGUAGUGAAGUGACGUAACCCCCGGGGGGUGGGGGUAUAUGGAAAAAUUGUAGCUUACCCAAAAAAAGAGAACAAGAAAAGGAAAAGCACCGGCAGUCAGUCCAGUUUUCCACCUCGCGGUCAGCAACUGUCAUAGUCACUCUUCUUCCCUCUUUGAUUCAGACUCCUAAGAGUGGAAGGUGUACACAUUGCUGUGAGUGAGGGAGACACUGAGAGUGUUAUAUCUAUGCUAAAUUGCUAGCUGCUUAGAUUAGAGUUCAACACUAGUUCACAAGAAAGAUGGAAGAGAAGGAAAAGGGCAACGAGAGAUGGAGUGCAUCAAUUGUAAAUUUGUCAGAGAUGGGAGCCAAUCUUGAUUCAUUACAGAAACUCCUAAUGAAGAAGGCUGUUUUUGUAGACGAGGAAACAUUUGCCAAAGCAUCGCUGAGCUCUGAGCAGGCUCGUAUCAUCAAGGCACUUGAACAAAGGGUUGAGACAUUAGAACGUGAACUUGAUGCUGCAAUUACAGCUGCUGCUCAUGCUAGGUCAGAAAAACGACAGGCUGAGGCUGCACAGAAAGCUGCUGAAUUACAUGCACAAGAGGUCACAAGGGAGAUUGAGAACACCACAAAGGUAUUCCAAUUACACAUGGAAGAGCUGCGUGCUAAGCAAGAGGAAAUAUACAAGAGAGAGAGUGACAUUAAAGUUUUGGAAGCUAUAAUUCAGACCCUUGGUGGAAAAGGGUCAUCUGCCUCAGAAAGUUAAGAUCCAUAUGUACUCCAUUCUUUUCUUUUCAUUCACUUUUUUUUUUUUGCGUUUAGGUACAUGAUCUGAUCAAGUAUUGUUCAUCUAUACUAGUGUGCACAAGCUAUAUUACAAAUAAAAAAAAUGCUAUUUUCAGUGAUA